CUCCCACAAAGUGAGGUAGGUGCCGCUCCGCUCUCUUCCCGCCCGACGACCUAGUCUUUAGUGACACUCUGGUACAGACACCAGCGAGGUCAGUGUGCCCAGGCCGUGGCGUGGGCGAGCGUGUGUGCUUACUGUGCUUCCCGCCGUGCCGAGGGACACACGCUGGGGAUCUUUAGCCCAACAUAGUGGAAUACAGUGCAGUGGACGGGUUAGAAGGCGGAGUGUUUUGAAAUUACCAUGGUGACGGAAUAACCAUUAAAUCAGGCAUUAUACAUGGAUUAAUCCCUGCUCUUUGACUCGAAUCAGUUGGUCCAUGAGAGUGACCCCAUGUGGAAUUGAGACUGAAGUGAGUGUGUGAGGCCUCGUGUGGCGCGGCCUGGGUAGGGGAGGCCAGACAGGGAGACACACGCACCUGCUGCCCUCUUCCCUCUCCACCCCCACCAUGCCCCCUGUAACACUCUACGCCGCCCUCCUCCUCGGUCUCUGGGCAAGCACUGACGCCCACGCACGGGAUUCGAACGACUUCAAAAACUUCGGCUGGAAAACAGGGGAGUGGGGCGUGUGCUGGUCGGAGCGAGGGUGCGGCCUGGGCAGCGAGGAACGGACAGUAUGGUGUGCUGAUGCCAGGGGACGGCCGCUGCCACCCACCCUCUGCAAGGACGCCGAUCGCCCCCCUAACUCCCGCUCCUGCUACACCAGCUGUCCGGAUGGCGAGUGGCUGGUGGGAGCGUGGUCCCCCUGCCAGGUGGGGGCAGACCGCGCCAGGGACGCCGAGGGAUUCUGUCACGGACUGCGGAAUCGGUCUGCCAAGUGUCAAGUGGAGGGCUCCGAUGCCCCUCUGGACCAGUGCCCUCGGCCACGGCCCUCCCCUGAAGCAGCCUGUAUUACCACCUGCCCCCAGGACUGUGUGGUUGGUCCCUGGGGAGAGUGGGUGCCUUGCUCCUCAUGCAAUACUUCUCAGCGUCGCACACGCUCUGUGGUGGUUGCGCCAACCCAAGGGGGCAGCCCCUGUCCACCCUUGAGCGAGUCGCGGCCCUGCCUUGGUGACUGCACUCCCUCUGGGGCCUCAUCGGCGUCGCUGCAGGAGGACACAGAGCCAAUGGUGCGGUUGCGAGUGGGGGAGUGGGGUCCUUGUCAGCCCUCCCCCACCAUCCCCAACGACCCACUUGAAGACGACUUGGGUGACCCGCCAGAAGACAACUCCAUUUCCUUCCUUAACAGUAAUGAGCAGGAAACAACGUUCCCCGAGGCUGCGGCGCUGCAGGCGGUGAAGGAAGAAGACAGUGGUAGAAGCUCCACCGUGCGGCCCUCUCAGGUGCCAGAGGCGUGGACUGACGUGGAUAUGCCUCAAGUGGGCCGCCAGGAACGAGCCCUCACCUGUGUCCACCUGAAUGGCACGCUGCUCUCGCUCAGCGUGUGCCUGGCCGGGCGAAAACGAGUGGCAGAGAGAGUCCGGACCUGUGUGGUGAACCGGGACUGCACAGUGACGCAAUGGUCCAGCUGGUCUACUGUUGUACCGGGAUGUGUCGCCCCGAGUGGACUGGUGGUAAGGGAGGUGAGGGAGCGCCGGCGAACCAGCCCCUCCCUGCAGCACGGUGAUGGGGUGCCCUGCCCUCACCUACUGGAGCGACACACCCUGCCUGACCCUAGCCUGCAGCCCUGCGACACUAGGUACCAGUGGGUCAGCUCUGCAUGGGGGCCUUGCGUGGGUCAGGGCGCGCCUGUGACCUGUGGAGGUGGCGUGCAGGAGAGGGAGCUGACCUGCGUACGUGCAGCUGACCACGUGCCCGUACAGGACGACAUGUGCAUACACGUUGAGCCUCCGCCACGCGUGCAGAGGUGUGAGGUGGGUUGCGAGCGGGACUGUCAGGUGGGGCCUUGGUCAGCGUGGGGCAUCUGUACACCAACUGACUGCACGGCCUACCCUCCGCCUGCCACACCAGCAGGGUUUCGACGACGUCGGCGGCAGGUGGUGGUGACCCCGAGCCCGGGAGGAGCUGAGUGCCCGCCGCUGGAGGAGCAGAGUGAGUGUCACGAGGCGCAGUGUCACCAGUGGGUGAUGGGGCCCUGGUCAGCCUGCCUCCUCAACAACCCUGCACACUCCUGCGGCAUUGGCUACCAGCUCCGCAACGCCUCCUGCCUCGACAGUGCCGGCGCCCCGGCACCCACAGAGGAGUGUGAGGCUGAGCUGGGAGCGGCACCAAAGAACCAGGAAUGUUACGUGCCGUGUUCCUACGACUGUGUGACAGGAUCAUGGUCACCGUGGUCUCCCUGUUCUAGGCCGUGCGCCAGUCAGCUACACGUGGGCUACACCCAGAGAAACACAAGCGUUGUGGCACCCCCCGGCCCAGGAGGCAAAGGGUGUCCUCCCCCUGACGAGCUGACGCAGGUGGAGACGUGCCGCGUGGAACCCUGUGGCGGAGCGGCGUGGUCACCAGGACCCUGGGGGCGGUGCAGUCUCCCCUCUCGCGCCGUGUGUGGGCCUGGCCGCCAGACUCGCGAGCUCUACUGCCGUGACCACCUCAACAACACCCUCCCAUCAUACAGGUGCAGUGGCAUGGCUCGCCCUGAUGUGGAGCGGGCGUGUGAGGUGUCGUGUGGCACCGCCUGCACCGUUACCUCCUGGAGCGGCUGGUCACCCUGCCUGGCCCCGGACCCCUGCCCCAUCGACGGGGUGCUGGUGGCGUCCUCGCAGCGGCGGUGGCGGCGCAUUCUGGUGGAGGCAAGCGAGGGCGGGAAUCCCUGCCCGGUGCUGCACGAGGAACGAGGCUGCGCCCACGCCCCGGUCACGUGCACCACCCACCACUGGCGCACCGGACCGUGGUCACGCUGCGCCCUCGCUGAUGACGUGGAAUGCGGCAAGGGCUUCAGAGUGCGACGUGUGGAGUGUGUGGACGCCACGGGCCAGACGGUGGAGCCCACCCAGUGCCUGCUAGGAAAGACUAUGGUGCCAGAGAGCAGUGUGGAGUGCCACGUAGACUGCGCACGACCCUGUGUGCUCUCCUCGUGGUCGUCUUGGACACCAUGCCCUGCAAGACCUCCCUGCGGCACCGCCUCCGUCAGGAAGAGACAACUCCUUGAUGCCACAGAAAGCAACCCUGAGUGUCGCAACUUAACACUUCGGGAGUCGCGCGAGUGUCGGUGCCACAACUUCUACUCCACCCCGGCGGGCCCGUGGUCCACCUGCAUUGUAGGAGAGGUGACGAAGGACGAGGAGGUGGCAGCGGCGAUGGCAGCGGCGGCAGGAGUUCCCGGACCUAGAAAUGGGGCUGGUCUCUGCGGUGUGGGCAAGAGGUACCAGGCGCUGCUGUGUACGAGAGAUGACGGUGUUCUGGCGCAUCCCAGUUCCUGCAACCACGCCGGACUGAAGGAGGAGCCCUGCAUGAUGGAGUGUCCCUCAGAUUGCCGCAUGGGGCCGUGGGGUGCCUGGAGUGCCUGCAACGCUUCCUGCGGCGCCGGCAUUCAGUACAGGAACAGAAAGGUUCUCGAGCCGAGUUUAUGGGGAGGACGUCCCUGCCCCGAGGCGCAGCAGUGGCGUACCUGCUGGGGAUCCUGCAGCUCCGAGUGGGUGCCCGGUGGCUGGUCCGAGUGUCUGGUGGCUGACGAGAAGGACUGUGGUGACGGAACGCAAACCCGCAGCAUCAGAUGCAUGAAGCAAACACUGACGGGUCUGAAGCAAGAAGUGUCCCACAGUGAGUGUGACGCGGCCCUGCGCCCACACACUCAGCAGGGAUGCCGUGUGUCCUGUCCCGGCCAGUGUGUGGUGUCCUCUUGGUCUGCGUGGUCGGCGUGCCCGACGGGCUGCUCGGAACACAUCAGGAGCCGGCACCGUCAGGUGGUGCGGCUGCCAAUGUCGACAGGAGAACCAUGCCCGGCCCUGAAGGAGGAGGAGCCGUGCGUGCAGGGAGUCUCUUGCUGGCAGUAUAGCUGGCACGUGGGCAACUGGACUUCCUGUGUCCCAUUGGGUCUCUCCCCUUGUGGCGAGGGUGUCAGGAAUCGGCCAGUCACGUGCCUCAGGUCUGACGGCGUGGCUGUACCGGAAUGGAGGUGCCCACGAGACACUCGACCGUCACCUUCAGAGACUUGGUGCUACGUGGACUGUCCAAUCGACUGCGAAGUGACCUCCUGGAUGCUGUGGGACGACUCCAAGUGUUCGUGCGGGGAGAACCCGGGAGAGAUGACCCGUCGUAGAUUUUUAUCUGUCAAUCCCAGUGAGUCCGGGCGGCCUUGUCCAUCUCUCCUACAAGAGACCCGCCCUUGCCCCGCCAUUCCAUGCUACACCUGGGAACGUGGACCUUGGUCACAGUGCCACCUGCAGGGCGGCAGCUGCGGCCACGGUUACGUCGAGAGAAACGUGUCGUGCGUGGGUCCUGGAGGUCAGGCAGUGGACUCUAACCUGUGCCUGGCGCUGGUGCACGUCGGUGGACACACCUGGCCCUACCUGGCCCGCGCACUAGACCUUAACACCAAGGACGGCUGCUACGUGCCGUGCGAAGGUGACUGUGAGCUGACGGAAUGGGCGCCUUGGUCACAUUGCCACCGUGACUGUUCCAGAGGUCACCAGGGCGGCACCCAAGCUCGGUCUCGUGCCGUGCUGACGGAGGGAACGUCGCAACGGGACGGCGUGCGGGGCUCCUGUCCCGGGCCACUAUGGGAGACGAGACCGUGCCUGGCGGGGCCUUGCCUUAACUUUACGUGGCAGAUCAUCAACGGCACCGUGCAGUGUGUGCGCAGCGACGGCCUGGUGGUGACGGGUGGAUGUGCGGGCGAGUCACGUCCCUGCCUCCCGGAGUGCACGGUACGGGGUUCCCUCUGCUCCGCCGUGGGGGCCUGCGUCUGCCGCUCCGGGAUGCGGCCUUUAUACUCAGAGAAGCAGCGGUUCCACCUCACCAGCUGCGUGCCCAUCCGGAACCUGACCUUCCCGCUGCCCCAGCCCUUCUCCGGUGUGAAGUAUCUGCCAGAGGACAUCAACGUGUGGAUGUUCGCUAUGGUGGGCGUCGGCAGCGCCUUCGUGGUCUUCGUGGUCAUAUCAAUGUAUCUUUUGUGCCAAAGUCCUCGGGAGCAUACGACGACGCCGCUGACGCUCAGACGCCAAAAGAACCUGCGUCACCGCGCCGUGUGAGGAGGAACGCCAGGGAGCAUGCUGACGCAGUCCACGCAGGAGCGUCCACCAGCAGAAACUUGUUGUCGGCCAUCCAGGGACACUCGUCACCGCUGCUGCGUCAGGAGAUGGCAGGACUGGAAUGCUGGGUGGGACAGGGACAGGGGCGUGGCUGGCUCGUGCGGUGGACUUUGCCUGCAUUCCCUGAUAUAUGCCAAAUGUAAAAAGAGUACGAAUAAGAUUUGUACCUCUCAUUACCUAGAGCACGUGGUGUUGCUUCCUGAUCAAGCAGGUUCGUGACGCUUACCUGAGGGACGGGGCAUGAGAGCGUUCAGAGUCGUCCGUCAGUAGCAGAACAAAUACGAUAUCCGUCUUAACACGUAACUGGUUUUCAUCCCACAUGUUCAUCCCUCGUUCCCUCAGUGUUCACGUGUACGUUGUCUGGCCGUCGUGAGCUGGGAGCAGGGCGGAGAGCAGCUGUGGCGGUGGCGAUGGCUUGUCAAGGGACUCAGGCCAUGUAUGCUUCAAAGGAAUGAGGAAUAGAGUCGCACAAUGAUUUACCUUAGCAUGAAACAUAUAAAUGAAAUAACAAUUUUAGAAAAGCAAUCAAAACUGCCACUGACACCAUGAAGAAUAUGCCAGCCGAGAUAUUGCGCAUUGAGAAAGAAGCAGUUCGCUGGAGUCACGCGAGGCUCGUCACGUCACUCUCUGAGGCCUGACGACGACAAUGCCAGUCAUGUUUGUGGAAAGAAAUACGUGUUCGUGUAUAUAUUUGUGUCACUUUGUUUUUGUACUUACAGUAGUGUCGAGAGUAUAGGUGUGUGAAUAAUGUUAUACUGACAUCGGACGCUGUUACUUUCAAGAAUUCGUCCUGCCUGGGCGGCACCGCUCCUGCCAGGACGGAGCCAGGUGACUACAGCAGCCAGACUGCGCCAUCACAAGGCCGCCGCAGCACCAACACGGAACACAGAACUACUAGUAGACUGUCGGUAGGUGGCUAGGUGGCUCACCACAGCUAUGUGCCAGGUGGCCAGGAGAAGGGUAAAUGGUUUCCUCCAGAGCGGCAAAAGCAUCAUGAAGAAAGCAGCAAAUCCGAAGUGAAAGACGUCAGCUUCAUUACCUCGCCAUAGUCAAUUUUCGUUAGUGGUGCCGAGAAGGAGACGACCUUGACAGAGUUCAGCCCGUCAACACCCCGUCCGCCGAGACUCUGCCGGAGAGACCGUCCUCACUACCACUUGAGCAACAACCCUCAUUCUGCAUUCCAAGCUAAACAUCUUCAUUGUUCUCUUAACUGGCGCCUCCACAAGGGUGCUCAAAGAAACUUCCUAAGGACCCUCAAUUUUUGUGGGCAUGACAGCAUCACCAACAGCAGCAGCAGCACUUCUCAUCUACGACAGUUCUUCCUAAACCCCAAGUAGCUCCAGAUGUCUGGAGGCAGGGCGUGGCAUUACAGCAGUGCCACGCAGAGCACCACAUCGACAUGGCACUCGCGGGUCCCACACUCCCGCGGUGCCUCUGCGUCUCAGUCCCAAGUGUAGCGCUUUUUAACACAAGAACUUGGUAAAUAGACACGUAGACGUAAAGCAUAGAUGCCUAAAGGGGACUGAUGUGUAAACUGAUGUAUAAACUAAAUGAAAUCCCUUUUAUAUACGCGGCAGAAUAUAUAUCCAAUGUAUUUUUUCUUUUUUUCGUAAACAAGUUAUAACCGAAAUGUAUUUAAUUGUUUAUGAAAAGUGCAUAAUGGGAAAGGAGUAUCAUAUGUGUAAAAGACGUGCGCCUUAGUGUUCUCCAUCACUCAUUGGAGGAAACACGAACAGCUGGCGGUGGUGAAACACGUGUGUGCUACUAAACAACAAUAUUGACUAAUCGCGUUUCACUGUCUUUACAAUAUUAAUAUGCGAUGGAUAGCUCUCUCUCUCUCUCUCUCUCUCUCUCUCUCUCUCUCUCUCUCUCUCUCUCUCUCUCUCUCUCUCACUCUUUCAUCACUACAAGCCUCGUUACGAAAACUAAAGUAUGAAUUAAGUUCCUCUGUUACUUUCUGUUCAGUCCUUUCCUGUACUCUCUCUCUCUCUCUCUCUCUCUCUCUCUCUCUCUCUCUCUCUCUCUCUCUCUCUCUCUCUCUCUCUCUCUCUCUCUCUCUCUCUCUCUCUCUCUCUCUCUCUCUCUCUCUCUCUCUCUCUCUCUCUCUCUCUCUCGUGGCGGUCCAUCGUGCGUGUGCUGGCCGUGCUGUACAUAGCGUCGCUGUCUCAACCCGCUAGACGGGACGCAGGCACAAGCGACCUCAAUGUUACAUAUAAUAAAUGUUUCCAACUCG